CCCACCAUCUCCUCUAUAUUUCAAGUUCAUAACAUAUAUAUAGAUACCAACUCAGCUCUAUAUAUAUAUUUCUCUUUUCAACUUUUGAGUAAAAUAUAAUGUCUCCUGCAUUGGCAAAAUCUACUGAAAGAUUGAAUAAUGAAGCUGAAGAUUACAAUAAAGGAGUGAAGUAUUUGCAUGAAAGUGGCAUUAAAAGAGUUCCAAAGAAAUACAUCCUCCCUAUUUCAGAACGUCCAAAUUAUUAUGCUAUAAAUGGAAAACCACAAUUAGCUAGCAAAGAACUCAAUCUUAAGCUGCCAAUCAUAGAUUUUGCUAAACUCCAUGGCCCUAAUCGAGCUCAAGUUCUUAAUUCACUAUCCUAUGCUUGUGAAAACUAUGGAUUUUUCCAGUUGGUAAACCAUGGAAUUCCAGAUGAGGUUAUAAGAAGCAUGGUUGAUGUUGGGGGAAGUUUUUUUAAUCUGCCAUUAUCAGAAAGAGAGAAGUACAUGACAACAGACAUGACUACACCAGUUAGAUAUGGAACAAGUUUUAAUCAAACUAAAGAUGGUGUCUUUUGUUGGAGAGACUUUCUUAAGUUGGUUUGUGAUCCUCUUCCUGAUGUUCUUCCUCAUUGGCCUUCUUCUCCCACCGAUUUUAGGGAACAAGCAGUUGGAUAUGCGAAAGAGACCAAAUUCUUGUUUUUAAAGUUAGUGGAAGCCAUACUAGAAAGCCUUGGCAUAACAACAAAAGACAAGACACAAAAUGAUGAUGUUGAAGAAAUGUUAAAAGAAUUUGAAGAUGGAAGCCAGCUAAUGGCAGUCAAUUUCUACCCUCCUUGUCCUAAUCCUGAUUUGACAUUAGGAAUGCCACCCCAUUCUGAUUAUGGAUUCCUUACCCUUCUUCUUCAAGAUGAAGUUGAAGGUUUGCAAGUCAAGUGCCAUGGAAAAUGGGUCACUGUUCAACCUAUCCCUGGAGCUUUUGUGGUCAAUGUUGGUGACCAUCUCGAGAUAUUUAGCAAUGGGAAGUACAAGAGUGUGCUACAUAGAGUUCUUGUGAACUCCUUGAAGUCAAGAAUUUCAGUGGCUUCUUUACAUAGUCUUCCAUUUAAUAGUGCAGUAAAGCCAUGGCCUAAACUAAUUAGUGAAACAAAUCCAAGAAAUUACAAAGAUACAAAUUUUGCUGCAUUUCUCGAAUACAUAAAAUCUUGUGAUUCCACCAACAAAAGUUUCCUCGAGACCAGGAAGUUAACUUUGAACUAAAGAAGAGAAAGAAACUCCAGACAAUUUUGGAGAAGUUUUGUGUAUUUUGACUUUUUCAUUAGUAUUAUUUUAAUUUUUUUGAUUGGUUGGAUCAAUUAUUUAGAAAUUAUUGGUUUGGUAUAUAGUUUACAUCACUUGACGACAUAUUUGUAUUGAGCUUAUAAAUGUAUAUAUAAAUACAACAGCUCUAGCUUCUUCCAAUCA